UUAUGCAUUUCAGCAUUUUAGGACGCUCCGAAAGUCCGAAGCCGAACCGAACCGCCGAAGUUAGUAAGAAACUCCGAACGGUUCAAAACCCUAUCAACUCAUUUUGUUUAAGACAGACAAAAAUUCAAAAUUCCCAAUUGAAGUUGAAGUUGUGAGUUUCUGAUUUAUUUGCCAGAAGCCCAGAAAUAUGUCGAAUCAGAUAAACAUUGAAGAAAUAAGUAACGGUGUGCACUGCGUCAGUUGGACAACCGAUAUUGCCAAAUGGGAUGGAGAAGCAACAAAGGACUUCAAACUCAAUAGUUUUACAAACUGCAUAACAGAUUUUAAAAUGUUUUGGUCCUAUUGCACUGUAGACUACUACAGAUGGUCUCAAUAUUCAAUGACUGGGAAGUAUAUCACACUGUGUUUGAAGGAGAUUGAAGAAACAUUAGCAACAACGAAUGAAGAAAUAUCUAAUUCAUGUGGUGAGAAAGAGAUCAUUCCAGAUUACUACCGUGAACCUCAUGCUGUUUGGGUCACCUGUGAUGGAGGACAAUUUCGGCCAGCAAGCACUAAAAUUGUUUUGAAAAAAGCUGCACCUUUCAAAGAUUCAAAUUUCUUCAUUCAGUUCAAUACUUUUGGUAUCAGUGAAAUGAAUGCCAUCACCCACAUGUCAAAGUACUUGUUCCUUGAGCAGAAACACUGUGACGUCCAGUUCUGUUUUCCGGAUGCCCAGAAUAUCGGUGGCCAUGUUUCCAUCUUGGCCGCUAGAAGUCCAGUAUUCGCCGCCAUGUUCAACCAUGACAUGCAAGAGUCCAAGACUGGGCAAGUGGUCAUUACCGACAUUAAACGAGACGUUUUCUACCAACUGCUUCACUACUUGUACUCGGGCCGGACUUCGACCUUAAUGACUGAAGACAUUGCCAAUCCACUGUAUGCAGCCGCCCACAAGUACAGCCUCGAAGAUUUACAGAAGGAGUGCGUCCGUUUCCUCUUUUCCUGCGUGACUGAAACCACAGCCAAGGAUCUGUUUGAGAUGGCAGCCAAGUACGCCAUCGAUGAUUUGAAGGAGGAAUGUGUUCGAAUGCUUCUCUCUGACAUUCAAGUGAGCAACGUCGUUGGUAUGCUGAUUUGGAGCCACGUUCAUUCGGUGGAGGAAGUCAAGAAUGCGGCUCUAGAUGUGGUGGCCAAAAAUGGCAAAACCGUCUGCCUCUCCAUAGACUACGAGAAAAUGAUGCGCACACACCCUGAUCUUUGUUUGGAGGCAACCCGACACAUGUGGCCUUAAUGUUCGUCAAAAGGUAUUCUCAACCAACCAAGCCAUGAUUGUUUAUGUGUCAAGAAGUUGUUUCCCGUUUUUUUUGGGGGGUUGUGAGAAUAAUGCAGAAUGCUGAAGCUUCUCAGGCGAAUGAGCAGUGUCCUAUAGCUAAAUUAAAUAUGGAUCUAAGAUUUUUAUGCUCCAUCUCAUCUAUGAUUCCAUUCAUCAACCCUCCUUUUUCACUGAUUGAAAAUUGAGAAUCUCCAAUCUCUUGCUGAAUGCAUCCCGCGUUGAUUUUGAAUUUGAAUUCCACCUUUUCGUUUGCUUUUCUGAAAGUCAGUUUCUUUGCUUAAUAAAACAAGUACACAGAA